AUGAUAAACCAUAAUGAUUACGUGAGGAACCCGCACCCGAUUGUGUGUUACUUUGGCAGUUGGGCAUGGUACCACGAAGCCGAGCGUUUUGACAUCGAUGAUGUUAAUUACGAGUUAUGCACUCAUAUUAACUAUGGUUUCGCUAAAAUCGAUGAAUACAAUUAUACAAUACAAAUGUUUGAUCCAUACCUCGAUUACACACACUUUCAGGCGUACCAGAGAUUCAUUGACCUGAAGAAGAAGAACCCGAACUUAACGACAAUGAUAUCGUUGGGCGGUUGGAAUGAGGGGUCGGAGAAGUACUCAGAUAUGGUUACCAACACUGAUAUCAGGCGGCGAUUUGUGAGAAGUGUUGUCGACUUUUUAAAUGAACAUAACUUCGAUGGCCUGGACUUGGAUUGGGAACAUCCGGGCAGUAGAGGUGGCGCUGAGACUGACAAACAAAAUUAUGUCAAACUAUUGGAGGAAUUGAGGGAAGCGUUUGAACCGAAAGGAUAUCUACUGACGGCCGCCAUAUCGGCCUCAAAGGAGACAAUAAACGGGGCGUUUGUUGUGCCAAAACUGAACGAACUGCUCGAUUGGGCCAAUAUAAUGACAUACGACUACCAUGGUGGUUUUGAUAACUAUAUCGGACACAACGCCCCUCUCUAUCGCAGACCCGACGAGACCCCGGAGUUGGAAAAGCAAUUGCAUACGGAUUACACACACUUUACUGUCGACUAUUCAAUCAAUUAUUACCUAAGUCUGGGUCUGUCUAAGGAUAAGAUGGUAAUGGGAGUGCCCUUCUAUGGCAGGGGUUGGACUCUUCUGGACGCCCAGCACAACCAUAUCCACGACGAGGCAAAGGGUAUGUCACCCGCCGGUUGGAUAGGGGGUGAGCCCGGAGUGUUGGGCUAUAACGAGUUGUGUCAAAUGUUUAAGAAAAAUGCCAGCGAUUGGCAGCACUCUAAUGACAGCCAUUAUUUGGCUCCGUAUUCGUGGACUAAAGACACGUUUAUUGGACACGAAGACAAGGAGAGCCUUCAGUGCAAAAUCGCGUACUUGAAGGCCAAGGGGUUGAAGGGAGCGAUGGUGUGGGCGCUGGAAAACGACGACUUCAAGGGUCGUUGCGGUGACGGAAAGUAUCCUUUACUUCAAACCGUGUAUUCAAUGCUUAACGGAGACGACAAACACUCAAUGCAAUGCCCCUAUGGAGAGGUGAUUCCAACUACGGCUCCGCCAACAACCACUCCCAAACCCACAUCCCCUACAACUAAACCCACUGAUCCGCCGACAACCUCACCAACUCCUACCCCAACCCCUACCCCAACCCCCGAUCCGGUGGACCCCAUGUGUACGCGCGACGGAUAUAUGCCCGACCUCUCGAACCCCCAUAAGUUUUAUCAGUGCGAAAGUAUUGGUCCCCAUAAAUGGAGGCUAACUCUACGGUCCUGUUAUGGAGACCUCGUUUGGCAUCAGGAGCUCAAGAGAUGUGACAAUUAA